AUGACUGCUCUCAACACACAAUCAAUCCUUGCACAACGUCAAGCAGGUGGAUUUGAAGUCGUUUUGGAAAACUCUUUGGCUUCUGCAAUGAUGUUGGCAUUAAUCGAUGAAAAUAACGUAAUGAUUAUCGAUAAAGCCGAAAAUAAUCCAACAAAAUUGGACAAUGGUAAACCUGUUUGGGGAUCUGUUAUGAGCUUGUCCGAUAAUACUGCACGCGGCCUGGAUAUGAUCACCAAUCCUUUCUGCGCCGCAGGUGCUACAUUAGGUAAUGGAACAUGGAUGGUCGCUGGAGGAAAUCAAGCUAUCGGAUACGGUGGUGGCGCACUAAACGUCGCAGGACAGCCUACAGUCACACCCGCCCAGGGACCAUAUCAAGAUUAUGACGGUCGAUUGGCAAUCCGUUUGAUGGACCCAACCAACGGAAAUAGCGGUAAUAUCGCAUGGCAAGACAAUUCCACCUUUAUGAAAACACCUCGUUGGUAUCCCGGUAUUGAAGUCAUGACUGACGGUAGUGUUUUAUUGAUCGGUGGUAUGACUGGUGGUGGUUACAUCAACCGUAAUUAUCCUAACCAAGAUCCUGCAUUCGAAGGUGCAGCUGCACCUCAAGCACUCGCUGGUAACACAUGGGCUGCUGUUUCGAAUCAAAUCAACUCUGGUGGUUCUAAUCCUACAUGGGAAUUCUUCCCUGACAAGGGUUUCCCACCUCAAAUCAUGACAUUCAUGCAAAACACCAGUGGUCUGAACACCUACCCUCAUACAUAUUUGAUGCCAAGUGGCAAACUAUUCAUGCAAGCCAAUUACAGUACAGCUCUUUGGAACCCUUACGCCAAUGAUGAAACCAAAGCAUACAAUCUCUUGGAUGAUAUGCCAGAUCAAAUCGUUCGUGUCUACCCUGCUUCAGGUGCUACUGCCAUGCUUCCAUUGACACCAGAGAACAACUACACCCCAACAAUCUUGUUCUGCGGUGGUACAAUCAUGACUGAUCAACAGUGGGGUUCUUACACCAGUCCAUUGGACAGUUUGAACCUGUACACACAUGCAGCUCAAAAGGACUGUUCAUCAAUCACUCCUGAAGAUGCAAACGGAAAUUUGGUCAGUGGCUCCUACACACGUGAAGAAGAAUUGCCAGAACCACGUACUAUGGGACAAUUUAUUCACUUGCCAACCGGUCAAAUGGUGAUUGUUAACGGUGCUCAAAUGGGAACAGCAGGUUACGGUAACAUGUCUUGGAACAAGAUCAACGGUGUCAACUUUGAAGGUUUGUCAAACAAUCCUACCUAUCAACCUGUAUUGUAUGACCCAGAAAAGCCUAUGGGUAGCCGUUUGAGUCGAGAUGGUUUCGGUAUCUCCAACAUCGCUCGUCUUUACCACUCUUCCGCUAUCCUUUUGCCUGACGGAUCUGUUUUGAUUGGUGGAUCAAACCCGCAUCAGGAUGUCUCAAUCAACAUGCCUGCAAACACCAGUCCUCAAGCAUUCAACACAACAUACGAAAUGGAAAAAUGGUACCCUCCUUACUUCUUUGAAACUCGCCCAGAACCAACAGGUCUUCCUUCUUACAUCUUGUACGGAGGAGCAACAUGGAAUUUCACCAUGCCUGCAUCUUACAUGGGCUCAUCUGCAAAUUACAAGGCAAACAACACAAAGGUUAUGGUCAUCCGUCCAGGUUUCUCUACCCAUGCCAUGAACAUGGGUCAACGCAGUAUGCGUUUGCAACACACUUACACGGUCAAUGAUGAUGGAUCUGUUAUGUACAUGGUCAACCCGAUGCCUACCAACCAAAAUCUGUUCGUUCAAGGCCCAGCAUUGUUGUUCAUUACCAUUGACGGAAUUCCAAGUUCAGGUAAAUUCAUUCAAGUCGGUACUCAAAAGCAAGGUGGACAAAUUCCAAAUACUAUCACAGCAGGAGCAGCACCCAAGGUGCUUCCUCAGGGUAUCAAUAAUUCCAAGUACGAUGCAAUCCCAGAAGGUCAUGGUAUCGAAAGCUUUGGACUUGGUAAAUUGAUUGGUAUCAUUGUUGCAGGAGUUGCGGUGAUUGCAUUGCUCUUGUUGGGAUUGAUCUGCUGGCGUCGUCGUGCACGUCGUGGUCAAACGACCAAGGCAGCCGCACCUGCUAGCGGAGCAAUCUACGGAAUGGGUGGUUACACAACCAAUGGACCAGAAUACAAGCGUGUUCAUACACCUAGCAACACGCCUUUCCAAACCUUUGCUGGACCUGGAAGAGGAAGUACAGGCACAUUUGAUACGUACAAGAUGAACGAUGUCAGUGCAGCAAAUACACCAUACUAUGACAACCCACCACGAUUAGGAACGCCACAAAAUGGAAUGCCAAGAUCACCUUUGAUGCACGAAACUGCUUCUUUGCAUUCGACCACACAAGGACAAGGAUGGGGAGAACAUCAAGCACAAGGUGAUGUUGGAGAGCAAUAUUACAAUAAUUCAGCCUACUCUGAUCCAUCGAGAUAUUAUGAAACUCCUGGACAACAGCAUAUGUCUUAUCACUCUAGUCAAUCUUAUGGAGGUGGACCAAGACCGGAUAGCCAAAGCUAUUUCCGAGCCAAUUAA